CCAGAAGCUGAGAGGGCCAACAUGGAACCUCCCGCAUCUGCGAGGCUGGCAGAGGUGCAGGGCAGUCGCUGAGACGGGGGCAGGAGCAGCCGCCGCCGCCGCCGCUCAGCCCGGUCUGGCCUUUGUCGGGGCCUCCCCACCACCACCUCUUCCCCUCUCAAGAUCUACUCCCUUCCCUUCUCCGGCCCGGCCGGUCGCGGCGAAGCUGCCUCCGCCAUGUCAGUGCUGGGCGAGUACGAGCGACACUGCGACUCCAUCAACUCUGACUUCGGGAGCGAGUCCGGCGGUGGCGGCGGCUCUAGCGGCUCAGUAUCCAGCCCCGGCGCCGGCUCGUCCGCCCGCCCCGGAGGCGGCUUCCCGAUGGAGCAGGAGGAGUUGCAUUACAUCCCCAUCCGCGUCCUGGGCCGGGGCGCCUUCGGGGAGGCCACACUGUACCGGCGCACUGAGGAUGACUCAUUGGUUGUGUGGAAGGAAGUUGAUUUGACCCGAUUGUCUGAGAAAGAACGUCGUGAUGCCUUGAAUGAAAUUGUUAUUCUGGCUCUGCUACAACAUGACAACAUUAUUGCCUACUACAAUCACUUCAUGGACAAUAACACCUUGCUGAUUGAACUUGAGUACUGUAAUGGAGGAAACCUAUAUGAUAAAAUCCUGCGUCAGAAGGACAAAUUAUUUGAGGAAGAGAUGGUGGUCUGGUACCUAUUUCAGAUUGUAUCAGCAGUGAGCUGCAUUCACAGAGCUGGGAUACUUCAUAGAGAUAUAAAAACUUUAAAUAUUUUCCUAACUAAGGCAAACCUAAUAAAACUUGGAGAUUAUGGACUGGCAAAGAAACUUAAUUCUGAGUACUCCAUGGCUGAAACUCUUGUGGGAACCCCAUAUUACAUGUCUCCAGAACUCUGCCAGGGGGUGAAGUACAACUUCAAAUCUGAUAUCUGGGCAGUAGGCUGUGUUAUUUUUGAGCUGCUCACCUUAAAGAGGACCUUUGAUGCAACGAAUCCUCUUAAUCUGUGUGUGAAGAUUGUGCAAGGGAUCCGUGCCAUGGAAGUAGAUUCCAGUCAAUAUUCUUUAGAGUUGAUCCAGAUGGUUCAUUCAUGUCUUGAUCAGGACCCUGAGAAGAGGCCCACUGCAGAUGAACUUCUGGAUUUUCCACUUCUCAGUAAACGCAGGAGGGAGAUGGAAGAAAAAGUCACCUUGCUUAAUGGGCCAACAAAAAGACCAAGGUCAAGUACUGUGAAUGAGACUCCCAUUGCAGUGGUAACAUCACGGACCAGUGAGGUUUAUGUUUGGGGAGGUGGAAAAUCUACCCCCCAGAAGCUAGAUGUCAUCAAGAGUGGAUGUAGUGCCCGGCAGGUGUGUGCAGGAAAUACCCACUUCGCUGUGGUGACGGUGGAGAAGGAGUUAUACACCUGGGUGAACAUGCAAGGGGGUACCAAACUUCAUGGGCAGCUGGGCCAUGGAGAUAAAGCUUCAUAUCGACAGCCCAAGCAUGUAGAAAAGUUGCAAGGCAAAGCAAUCCAUCAGGUGUCAUGUGGAGAUGACUUCACUGUAUGUGUCACAGAUGAAGGUCAGCUCUAUGCCUUUGGAUCGGAUUAUUAUGGUUGCAUGGGUGUAGACAAGGUUGCCGGGCCUGAGGUACUAGAACCCAUGCAGGUAGACUUCUUCCUAAACAAUCCAGUGGAGCAGGUCUCCUGUGGAGAUAAUCAUGUGGCAGUUCUAACACGAAAUAAGGAAGUCUAUUCAUGGGGCUGUGGAGAAUAUGGACGACUAGGUUUGGAUUCAGAAGAAGAUUAUUACACACCACAGAAGGUAGAUGUGCCUAAAGCCUUGAUUAUAGUCUCAGUUCAGUGCAGCUGUGAUGGAACGUUUCUUCUAACACAGUCAGGCAAAGUGCUGGCAUGUGGACUCAACGAAUUCAACAAACUGGGCCUAAACCAAUGCAUGUCUGGCAUCAUCAACCACGACGCUUACCAUGAAGUUCCCUACACAACUUCAUUUACUCUGGCCAAGCAAUUGUCAUUUUACAAGAUCCGAACCAUCGCCCCAGGCAAGACUCACACUGCAGCUAUUGAUGAACGGGGUCGCCUUUUGACCUUUGGUUGUAACAAGUGUGGCCAACUUGGAGUGGGGAAUUAUAAGAAGCGCCUAGGAAUUAACCUAUUGGGGGGACCUCUUGGUGGAAAACAGGUGAUCAGAGUCUCUUGUGGUGAUGAAUUUACCAUUGCUGCUACUGAUGAUAAUCACAUUUUUGCUUGGGGAAAUGGUGGGAAUGGCCGUCUAGCAAUGACUCCCACAGAAAGACCUCAUGGCUCCGAUAUAUGUACCUCAUGGCCUCGUCCUAUUUUUGGAUCUCUGCAUCACAUCCCAGAUCUGUCUUGCCGAGGCUGGCACACCAUUCUCAUUGUUGAGAAAGUACUAAAUUCUAAGACCAUCCGUUCCAAUAGCAGUGGCUUGUCGAUAGGAACUGUGGCUCAAAACUCCACUCAAGGAGGAGGGGGUGGAGGAGAAGAGGAGGAAAGCCAACAGGAAUCUGAGACCCCUGAUCCAAGUGGAGGCUUCAAGGGAACAAUGGAGGCAGAUCGAGGAAUGGGGGAUUUAAUGAGUCCAACUGAGGCCAUGGGGCUCAGUAAUGUGAGCAACAGUUCCUGCCCUGGCUGGCUACGCAAGGAGUUAGAAAAUGCAGAAUUCAUACCUAUGCCUGACAGCCCCUCACCCUUGAGUGCAGCUUUUUCAGAACCUGAGAAAGAUACUCUGCCCUAUGAGGAGCUACAAGGACUCAAAGCAGCCUCUGAAGCACCUGCAGAAUGCAACAAGUCUACAAGAGAAGCCUGGCUCCCCAGGCUUAAUUCGGCUCUAGGAUGUGCUGGAAAGGGAGGAUCAUUGGCUACUGCCUGUGGUUGUAGCAGCCUGCAGGUGGAGGUGGAACGGCUAGAAGGUCUGGUGUUAAAAUGUUUGGCUGAACAGCAGAGACUACAGCAGGAAAAUCUCAAAAUUUGGACCCAACUCCAAAGGCUUAACAAGGAAACAGAAGGAGUACAAAAGUUGGAGACUCAUUCCAAAGGAACUCAGACAACAAAAGAAGAGAUGGAAACAGAUCCAAAACCAGACUUGGAUUCGGAUUCCUGGUGCCUUUUGGGAACAGAUUCCUGUCGAUCCAGUCUUUAGUUUCCUGAUCCUGUACAUCCCCAGUAAGAUGGGAUCCCUGCAACUUCACAGCACAACUUCUGAAUGCAGAGAGCAGCUUUCCUGGCUUCAUUUCAGUUGCUGACAAGGAGCAAAGCAGGAGGCUCUGAAGUGCCUCUAGAGUACAGUUGGAGGAAAGCAUCUCCUUUUAGAUAGGAACAAGGAGUGUUUAUUAUUUGUUUUGUUUUAUUUUUUGAGGGGGUAGGGCCCUGUGUCCCUGACUUUGCCUCAGUGACUGCCAAAGCAACUGCAGCUCUGUACCUCAUCCGUUGAUCCCACCUUUGAAGGAGAGAAACAACCCUACCAUGCUAUUUGCAUUGGUAGCAACUUAUACCCAUAUAUAAUUUUCAUCACUCAGUACCAAUCACUGAACUUCUGGGUGGAGGAGGGGAAAGUGAAAAGCAUAAGAGAGCUUGUUAGGAGCUGGUUGGUUGUAACAGGGCCUUAGUCCUGCCAAAGUCAGCUUAAAAGAUGGCAAAGUGCAAUCUCAGAGACAGAAUCUGAGGGAAAGAAGUUUUACAGACUAGUUUUUGGCUUAUUUUCAUAGAGUUGAAAUAACUCAUAUGCAGCUAAAUAUUGGAGGAAAAGAGAGUUUAGAUUGCUAUUGCUCUGGAAGUUGACUGAGAUUUCUCCAGUGAGAAUAAAAGAAAGAAGGAUAGGCCACUCUUUAUUACAUAGCCAUACUCUUGGUGCAUAAUGCUGGAGCUUCUGCACUGUGGAUGAGGCAGGGAAAGAUUUUAUAGUCCUGAAAAAGGAACCUCCAAAAGUGAUGCUAUUUCUUUGAGUAUUGAAAACAUUGGAGAAGGGAGAGUCUCCUCAAGACUUAAGUCACAAAGGAAAAGAAGUCCUCUAAUGAUAUUGUCUUCAGCAGCUAUGCUUGGCUUCUUAAAGGCUGCUGGUGGAUGCUGUGGCCCUUUCUCUCAUGAAGAGGACCCUUGCUGCUUUUGCCUUCAUAGCUUGUUUUUGUUCUCAUCUUGGCACCAGUAGCACUAGUCCCUGUUGUUCUGUAUCUAAUCAGUAUUUUUUCCCCCUUUGCUUCUUAUGAAGCCACAUAGUAGCCAGUGAAUCUGUGUUUUCCUUAUUAUGUGGCUCUUAGCCAGCACCGAAGUUCCUUAAAUAUGUAACAGACUGAUUAGAAUGUAGGAAAUGGAAGAAAUGGGCAGGGGAUGUGUCCCCAUGACCUGACCUUUAUGUCUACUGUGCCACUGUAAGGAGGAGCAGACCACCUUUCUCAGAAAUAGUUAAUUGUCUUUAUUAUUCCUGAACCCCAUAUCUUAAACACCUUAGUUUAUGUACUAUGAGUUCCUGGUUUCCCUUAAAGGUAUAAACUUUAUAUUUCAGUUGAAAAAUGAAGUGUCUUGAUUUCACAAGUGCCUGUUUAUCAAUUUCAUAUCUACCUCCCUGCAAACAGUCAAGUUGUUUUGUUUUCCCUAAACUAAAAGAUGAGAUUUGAUUUUUAUUUGGUCUUAAGUGAUGGUUUUGCUACCUUUCUGGACAUACUUUUUCUGAUGUUAAGACUAGAGGUUAGAAAAAUCCCAUGCCUGGGAUUGGGAGUUUGGAGGGAGGAACAGCUGUAUUUAAUGGAAGCAGCUGUUUUUCUGUAUCAUGUUCCCAUUAUCUUCACAGUUAAGGAAAGCCAGUUAUAGUAGUACUAAUGUAAUCAAUGUACCUUUUGAGUAAGGAAGAGGCCAAUCCCAGAUUAAGAAUAUAAAUUCUAGAAACUUAGAGUUUUUUUAAAGAAAGAAAAAAAAAAACACAACUUAGUAUGUUUUGUUUUAUCAUGUAAAUGCAUCUUUGAUUUCUGAGGUUUGAUGAGCCUUGCUCCUGUAACCUUCAUAUUCACUGUCUCAGCAGGACUGGGAGGUGGGAUCUGUUGAGUAUAAACCAUGAUCAUUGCUUCUGAAGGGGAAAUGAAGGAAUUUGUCAUGUUGCUAAGACUGUGAGAUGUAAGUGAGAAUGAAAGGAGAAAGAGGCCUACUCUUAACAGCAAGUCAUUUUUUAGCAGCAUAACACUGGUCAUUUUCUGUAUUAUGUGCCUUUAAGAAGCCUUAAUUUCCUGUUCAUCUGGCUGAGAAUUUUAAGUUCUGUGUCUUUAAAGACACAUUGCACUUAUUACCCAGGAUAGGGUUGGGAGAACCCAAUGAUUUUCAUAGCAACGAGCUAUGCAAACAGAAACCAGUUCAGAACUGGCGACCAUGCAUUGGAUGACAUACAGAGGACACGUAGGCAGAAGUUCCUUUGAAUGUUCUCAACCCCCUUUUUCUUUUGUCCUGUUAUAUUUUUCUUCUUUUGGAACUAGAUCUGUAUUCGUUAAGCUUCCAGUAGUAAUGCUUUUGAGUUAAUAAUAUAACCUGAUUAAAACCUCUGCUCUGACACUUAAAAAAAGAACUAGCUUGUUGUUAGUCUCAUGUUUGAAAGGUUAAGGAUGGAAUGGUUUGGCAUUUGUUUAAAUAAACAUAUAAACUCUUAAAUGGUA